GAAAAACAUAAAAUAAGUAAUAAGUAUAAAAUAUUUAUUUUGCUCAAGACGCGGAUCUUAACCCAAGUAUAUAUCUCUUUAAUAAUUUUAAAUCUUAAACAUUUUCUAAAUCUCAGGCUAAAACAAAAUAAUGAAAUGAGAAUAAACUAAAAAAUCAAUAUUUAUAUCGAGCAAUAACCAAAAUAAAAAAAAACGACACAAAAAUGAGAAAAAUAUUGAAGAUAUUUAGGAUUGGCACGUGAACGUAAACUUCUCAUAAUUAACUUUUAAAUUGCUAAAUCAUGAUAUAAGACCGAGCUCUCAUAUUUUCAUUGUAACCAAAUAGUAGGCCUGAGAUUCUCGGCCUAAACGUCAGGUUCUUAUGCGAUAAAUGAUUUUUUGACCUAAAAUAUUUUUAGAAUGAGAUUAGCUCAUCAGUAAACAAAUUAUAUAAUUAACAAAAAAAAAUUUUAAAAAUUAUUUAAGGACCAAAAUAUUUAUUCGAUCAAGAAUAUAAAUUUUAUUUUUCCAUACGAUAUUUUUUAAAUAAUUUUCCAUAAAAUUCGGUAUGCACAAGGCGCAGGUUUUAUCCUAGUUUUCUAGUAUUUUUCAAAAAUGUUAGCAUCAGCUGUCUAUGUUAACUCUAUCAGGUUUAUACCUUCAAGGUUUAAUAAAAUUCUACAGACAAUAAAAAAUGUUUAUUACACAAUUCUACAUAUAUUUUCUAUACACAUUUGAUGUUUUCAAAGACGUGAGAGUUAAGACGACGACGAAGCAAGAGCCGCAAGUAAGAGGCAGCCUCAGAAACAGGAACGUACAAGCAAACAUCUUCGUCAACCUGUAAAAUCACGUGCCCUCAUUACCUCUUCACUCAAUCCGGAUUACUUUGCUACACACCGACACCAUGUUAAACAUCUCUCAUUGCAAAAACUUAAUUAUCAACAAUAAAACUUCUCUCAUUGCAAAACCUAGAAAAUCAGAACAAAAAAACUGAGGUAUGGAGGAAGAACUGAAUAGUUUGGUGAAAGUAGGGGUUUCAACGAUAAUGUCGGUAUCUUAUUGUUUCUUCUUGCCACCUAGAAUCAAAUCUGGUUUUUUCCGUUUAAUCUCUAUUCUCCCUGUAUGUGUUUUGUUUCUUGUUCUUCCCCUGUUCUUGUCCUUUCCACUUUUCUCUUCCCCCGCAGCGAUUUUGCUAAUACUUGCCGAUUUGAAACUCAUCCUCUUUUCCUUUGAUCAAGGUCCUCUUUCUCCACUACCUUCAAACAUCUUCUUAUUCACAUGUUUCACUUGUUUCCCCAUCCAGCGUCAAAAGAACCCUAAACCUCAAGCAGGUGGUCAGGAUCAAAUGCACACAUGGAUUUUCGCAAUUAAAGUUGUACUCUUAGGUGUAGUGUUACAUUUAUAUCACUGGAAAACCCUUCCUCCCAUUAUGCUAUUGGGUCUCUAUCCACCGUUUUUAUAUGUUUUACUUGAGGUUUCCCUAACGCUCUUCAGAAUUUUGUUGACUAUCAUUCUUAAAUGCAAUCUAGAGCCACAUUUUAAGGAACCAUACUUAGCCACGUCUCUUCAAGACUUCUGGGGACGCCGAUGGAACCUCCUAGUCUCUGCAAGUCUCCGGGCAUGCGUCUACACUCCUGUGCGGCGUGUCUGCCAACGCCUAAUGUGUUCUGAUGAUUCUGCAAUGUUAAUUAGUGUUUUGGCGACUUUCAUAGUCUCUGGUGUGUUUCACGAAGUGCUUUUCUUCUAUAUAAUCGGUGAGAUGCCUACAGGAGAACUCACUUUGUUCUUUGUUCUACAUGGAGUUUGCACAGUCGGGGAAGUGGCGGUGAAAAGGACUGCGUUUGCACAGAGGUGGGUGGUGAGACAGAUGUUAUCACGGCUGCUAACGGUGGGUUUUGUUGUUGUGACCACUUGGUGGCUGUUUUUCCCUCCUUGGAUUCGUAGCAACGUGACGGAGAAAUGCUUCAAUGAAGCCUCUUUGCUCAUUGAUUUCCUAAGACGCAAGUUAAUUUUUUUGUACCUUAAGACGCAGGUUAUUUCAGUGAACUAACUUAAUAGUUACUGAUAUUAGAUGAAUACCCGCGUAUACACGCAGAUUUUUUAAUAUUAUGUAUGUAAUUAGUUGAAUGAUAAAUUCUAUAUAAACUUAAAAAAUUUAUUGAUCAUCCAUGAUGAAGAAAUAAAAACAAAAAAAAAUCACACGAUUAAUAUGAUUUGUGAAACAUGGUUAAAAAUUGCAUGAUUUAUCUUAUCUAUCUAUUACAAUAAAUGAGAGUUAUCUCCACAGCUCUACAU